AUGCUCCUGUCGUCGGCACUGUUCUUGCCUCUUUCUACCUCACUUUCCUUCAACUUUGAUUUCUCCCAACCGGGUGGCUUUAACGCUGCAAACUUCAGCUUCGAUGGCGAUACACACUACAACCUCCAGUCCCAGGUGAUCGAGCUGACAAAGAGUGACGGGAACCCAGGCUUGGACAACAGCGUGGGCCGGGCGUCGUACGCUCAGCCUGUGCAGCUCUGGGACGAGGUGACCGGCGAGCUUGCAAGUUUCACCACCACGUUCUCCAUCCAAAUCCUGCCGGACAGCAUAAACAAUCACACCGCCGGCGACGGUAUGGCUUUCUUCCUCGGGCAUUACCUUUCGAGGAUCCCUAGUGUUAGCGGGGGUGGCAACCUCGGCCUCUUCAGCGAGGGUAAAAACAGCACUUACGCGAUGGGAGACAAUCGGCUCGUGGCGGUUGAAUUCGAUACAUUCUUGAACACAAACUAUGACGAAACCAGUGACAACCACAUGGGAAUUGACAUCAACUCCAUCAUCUCAACGGCGUACACCAACACCAGCGUGCCUGGAAAGAACCUGACCUCCGGUCUCGUGAUGACCUGCCAGGUCACCUACGUCAACAGCACGAAGAGCCUCGCUGCUGACCUCCAUAUUGGCGACGUUACUUACAAAGUUGGCACUAGUGCUGACCUGAGCUUGCUCUUACCGAGCGUGGUGGCAAUCGGCUUCUCAGGGGCUACUGGCGCCGCCUUCGAGCGGCACCGGGUUCUGGCAUGGUCAUUUAACUCCACAAUCGAUAGGCCCCCUCCAACUGCACCGCCGAUUUCACCUACACAGCCACCUCCAUCAUCAGCUUCAUCUGAUAAUGGACAUCGUGGUGGAGGUAAUUUCUUCUCAAAAGUCCCAUGGAAGAUAGCUGGACCAAUAGUCGGAGUUGUGGUACUUGUAGCUGCCUUGGGAGGUUUCUUGUUGUGUCUGUUGAAGCCAUGGGCAGGAAAGAGAAAGAAGAGUUUAGCUCCGGAUGACACGGAUGACAGGGGAAGUGAGAGUCAAGAACCAGCUUCGGGAGAGGCUCCUGCCAACGUCCCGAGAACUUUCAGCUACCGUGAGCUGUCCAAGGCAACAAACAACUUUACAGUGCAAAAUAAGCUCGGGGAAGGGGGUUAUGCCGUCGUUUACAAGGGCCAACUGAAGAAUCCAAGCCGACUCGUCGCCAUAAAAAACUUCAAACUCGUAAGACAAUCUGCUGCUGAAAGGAGGAAGGCGUUCGAGGAUGAAAUGAAGGUUAUCAUUAAAGUCAGGCAAAGGCACCUGGUUGAGUUAGUGGGCUGGUGCAUUGAUGAAGAAAAGGAUAUCGUCUCACUUGUUUACGAGUUUGUGUCAGAAGGCAGCCUCCAUGAAAAUUUGCACAAGGGAAGGAGUUGGUUGUCAUGGCCCAGCAGGUAUCAAAUUAUCCUCGAUCUAGGGUGUGCCCUCCGGUAUCUUCAUGGAGAGUGCACGGAGUGCGUCUUGCAUGGUGACAUAUCGGCAUCUAACAUACUGCUCGAUGCAAGGCAUGGAGCUAAAUUGGCAGACUUCGGGUUGGCAAGGUUGAUGGACCAUGCCAUGGAGCUGGAAACGACCUGCAACUUGGCUGGAACGCCAGGCUACGUCGACCCGGAUUUUGUGAACACCGGGAAGCGGAGCAGGGAGUCGGAUGUCUACGGCUUCGGCAUUGUUCUUCUGGAGACAGUGACUGGCCGAAGCCCUGCUGCUGCUGCUGGAGACCUUGUGUCCCCCUUGCUGAAGUGGGCAUGGAGCAUUCAGCGCAGCAGUACGAUCCUAGAAGCAGCGGAUCCAAGGCUCCGACACGAGUCCACGAGUGGUCAGCAAGGUCAGAUGGAGCGUGUGCUACAGGUCGCGUUCUGGUGCGCGCACACCGAACCGACGCAGCGGCCGUCCAUCAAAGAGGCCAUGAGGACCUUGGAGUCGGGGGAUGUGGUGAUCCCUCAUUUACCACCGCCAGGGUUUGUGGCUGGUCCAUUAAAUCUUGUUGUUGAUGACAUGUCAUGUGAGACCUCAGACAGCGUUGUAUCCUCGGCUACCAGCCGGGCAUAG